AUGCACAAUUACGACGUUAACGGAAAAACAGCAGUUGUCACUGGUGGUACCAGAGGCUUGGGUCUCUACGCCGCUGAGGGAUUCGUCCUCAACGGUAUCAAAACCGUGGUUAUCACUUCCAGAAAGGAGAAGGCUUGCCAGGAAUCCAAGGCCUACUUGGAGAAGCUUGCCAAGGAUAACGGAAAGUCUGUUGAGGUUAUUGCCAUUGCUGCUGACUUGGCCAACGAGAAGGACUGUGAUAGAUUCUUCGAAGAGACCACCAAGAAGGUUUCUCAGGUUGACAUUCUUAUUGCCAAUGCCGGUGCCACAUGGGGUGCUCCAUUGGAAGACCACCCAGUUUCUGCUGUGAAGAAGGUCUUGGACUUGAACGUGGUUGCUGUUUUCCACACCAUUAAGUUAUUCACUCCAUUGCUUGAAAAGGCUGGUUCGGCCAAGGACCCAUCUAGAAUUGUCAUCAUGUCUUCGGUUGCUUCUCUUGUCGCUUCUGACCCAGUUGGUGUCUACGGCUACUUGGCAUCCAAGGCUGGUGUGUCCCACAUGGGUAAGAACUUUGCUACCCAGUUGGGUCCAAGAAACAUCACCGUCAACUCGCUCGCCCCAGGCUUCUUCCCAACAAAGAUGUCCCAAGGUGUCUUGGACGUUGCUGGUGAGAUGAUGAUUGAGACCAACCCAAGACAACGUCUUGGUGAGAAGGAGGACUUGAUCAACGCCGUCAUGUUCUUGGUUGCCAAGCAGUCUGGUUACAUUAACGGUAUCGUGUUGCCAAUUGACGGUGGUAGCCACAUUGGUGCUGCCAAGUUAUAA